GCCCUCUCUGCGGGAACAACAAGCGAGGGCGCGCAGCUCGCUCCCCGGACACGCCCCCGCCGUGCGUCAGUACGCGAGGCCCCGCCCCUUUGCGCAGCGCCCUCUCAUGGAUGUCCCCAUGGCAACGGUUAGCGUAACAAUGACUUCAUCACCUUCGCGAACGCGUAUUUCGGUCGCCAUGGCGACAGUACGUGCGCGCGCUCCCCAGAUACCUCGCAGUCUGAGGAAACUGCUGUCAUGACAACAAGAAGAUCCCUGCUGCACCCCCCAACCGGAAAGGCUCGGCGGCAGGAAUGCGAGAACCGUGGAUGCGCAACUGUCUGUCUCUCUUUAUCUACAUUGUGUCGUCAUGACGACGAUAUCUAGGGGCUGGAUCCGAUCAGAUGAUUGACAUUAAUGUUGAGUGAUAUCUGAGAAUACACACUGUGUGUAUGCUAGUCUUUUAAACACACACACUCACGCUUGUUGACCCCCCUCGCUCUCUCUCUCUCUCUAGUGUUGUGUGUUGACGUCAGCGGAAGUGGGUGGGACUCGCGCCAGGUUUUCAUUAAUGCGGAAGUGGGAAUCGCUGCAAGUUGAACACAUCAACACAUAAAUAUCAUUCAUCAGAGUUAUCAUCACAGAGGAUCCGUCACCUCUCAGUGUUGUGUGUGUGUGUGAUUGACAGGAUGAGUGAGGGUGAUCUUAUGAACCCUGCUGCUGUGUGUUCACCUGUGGAGGAUUUACAGGGUGACGCCCGCUGGAUGACACAGCACGAGCGUUUUGUACAGGAGUGUAAGGACGCAGAGCCUGAAGUGUUGUUUCUCGGAGACUCAAUGAUUCAACUAAUGCAACAACAUGAGGUCUGGAAGGAUUUGUUCUCUCCUCUGCAUGCACUGAACUUUGGCCUGGCUGGAGAUACCACCUGUAACGUCCUCUGGAGGAUAAAGAACGGAGAACUGAAGAACAUCCAGCCGAAGGUGGUGGUUCUUUGGGUCGGCACAAAUAAUCAUCAGCACACAGCCGAGCAGGUGUCUGGAGGUGUAAAGGCCAUCACACAGUUUCUCAUCGCACAACUCCCUCAUGCCAAAAUCAUCAUUUUGGGUCUUCUGCCUCGCGGGGAACGUCCCAAUCCUUUACGUGAGAAGAACGCCACCGUGAACGAGUUACUGCGCUCGUGGGUACCUCAGCUCGGUUCAGCAGUUCACUUUCUGGACCUCAGCAAAGAGUUCGUUCACUCGGACGGAACCGUCUCGAAAAGAGACAUGUUUGACUUCCUGCAUCUGACUGCUGCUGGAUAUCAAACCCUCAGCAAACCUCUUUAUGAUCUACUACUGCACAUCCUGGAGGAAACUACAGCAGAAACACUCACAUAGAUUCUGCAAACCUUUUUAUAUUUACAUCAAAAAACUAAAUAUUGUCUUGGUGUUGAAAUAGCUGUCAAUGUAACAUAUUGUGACAUAAGAUUUUUAUUACAACAAACAAACAGAAUAAUACUGACAUGACUCUACCUAAAUGUUGUAAAUUGAUUAUUUUUCACCGUUGUUGCUCUGCCAUUAAAUCUUCAUAAAUCCACUCAAUAAAUGAUCAAGGCCUUGAUGAAUCAUGUCAACUAAACAAAGUUACAGCAUUCACAUCCAGUAAUGUUCUAGACAUGGAACAGUUUGUAUACUAGUCCCAUUUAACUAAUAUCAUGAGUUACCAAUAAACAAUAUAGGCCCAGUUUCACAGACACCGCUUAAGUCU